UUAGUAACCGCGUACUUGGCGACGGUGGAAAUCGACAAGAUGUCUGCCACAAGUAGAUCAGCGAAAAAACCCACAAAUAUUUUGGACAAGAAAAUCCACAAAAAUCCGAAAUAUGAACACAUUGCUGCAACCGUCGAUACUGGAGCUAGUGUUUCUAGAUAUACGCAGAAAAUCGAAGAAAUGCGGAAAAAUUACAAAUACAAGAAAGAUGAGAUCUUCAAGAGAAUGAAGGUUACCACUUUAGUCCAACUGGUCCUUCAAGUUGCUGAGGCUGUUAGUUUGGAACAAGAAAGAAAUAGUAUGUCAACUGCUGGAGGUGAAAGUGUGAUGUCAGAUGAAACAAUCACAGCUGAAGACAAAGAGACCUCUGCAGAGGGGGAGGGAGUGCCACCCCUGAAUCUAGAAGAUGACGAGGCGCGGCCAGAUUCAACUGCAAGAAGUACCGCACGUUCCACACUAGAAAGCCUAAUACAUGGUGUUGGAGAGGUUGAUAUCCGAGACAAAGAUGAAAAAGAUGGCAAAGACACCAGCUAUGAGGAAGAGCAGUCUUUGGUUCCUGAAGUUGAGUCACUACCUUACCUUCUGCUAGAUGUCAGGGACGAGGAUGCAUACCGACAGUGUCAUAUCAUAGGAGCACUUAGUUAUCCAACAGCAAUGCUGACAAGAUCAUACAACUAUUUUACCAAGGAAAUUCUCACAUUUAAAAAUAAACUAGGAAAGAUAAUUAUUCUUUAUGAUGAGGAUGAGAGAUUAGCGCCAGCCGCAGCGACAACAUUUGUGCAGAGAGAAGUAGACAAUGUUUUCAUGCUGUCCGGAGGUCUCAAAGUGCUGUACAAGAAGUUCCCUGAAGGCUUACUUACAGGUCAAGUACCGCAAUCCUGCUGGCCCACCCCUCCCCCCUCAAGAAAGUCAUCGGGGAAAGCUAGCAGUGCAAAUCGACCCAGGCCGCCAACAUCCGCUGCUGAACGAAAAUGGUUCUUUCCAGAGGAUCUGAUGGCGCUUCAAGAAAAACUCGACGAUGAACUUUUAAGUCAAGACAAGUCGAGUCGUCAAAGUUCCCGGAUGUCCAGUCGAUCAGGAGUCUCGUCGGCGAGCAGAGCAUCCACUGCCGCCAGUUCAGCGACUAGUCGCAGUAACAAGCCUGUCUGGAAAUAGCGCCUUUUCUGUCCAGUCGACAGCACCCCUCCUCUCAUGAAGCACGUGAAGGCCUGGGCCUCAGGAGUAGCCUCGUUUGCACGUCGAGCUGCCUUGGUGUCGUCCACUAAGACGAAGUUGACGUUCAUUUGUCAACGAUUUUACACAUAGAGCACGUGUUGUGAUGUGAUUUUAUUUAUAUUUUCGUCACAGGACAUUUCAUUAAUUUCCUGGUUAACAGGCAGUUGUCGCUGGUACGACCAGUGAUGACGCAAUGAUCGAUAGAAACUACCUCUUUCGAUCAGCAAAUACGAAUGAACCCGCAGUUUCAGGAGGAGUAAUUUACAAAGCGAAUUUUGAUUGCUCACGAGUCUUUGCGCCAUAUUUGAUUGGAUAACAAGAGCCUGAAAUAUUCUCAAGAGCUUCUGCUGCCCGAAGAACCUGGGUACAAGACCGUGACCGUGAGUGCCAAAUUGUAGUGGAGAUACAAAGCUAUCUCCAGUCUCUCCCAUGUCGGCAAUUGUAUAUCCCUGCAACAAGUAACACGAUGAAAAAUACCUGGACAUUCAAAAUCCCAAUUGAACUAAUCACAAAGGAUGUAUUUUGUUCCUUUUCCACAUUUGAUAUAUGUGUUUCAGGGUUCUUGGCUUGGCAAAGAGUGUAUAUACUUUGCUAUUUAGGUCCUCGAACCCCAGUGUGUCAAUGGGUCUCUCGAUCUGUCUUCACUAUUGUUGUGAAUUAAACAGCGAGCAGUCUCUCUUUUCCAUAAAAUCCGUGGGAAAGAACGCAAAACAAGGGAGCGUGUGAGCGUGACCUGCGAGCGGCGAUGCUGCGAGCUGCGAAUAGUGCGGGCGUCGGAACUCGCGGCUUUCCAUAUCAUGCUGGCAUGCUCACGACUGCUCACUUGUGUUGCGUUGUUCUUUGCGUUCUUUCCCACAGAUUUUCGAGCAGGAGAGAGACUGCUGGCGGUCUACUUGUGAAUAGGUCUUUGAAAAUAAACGAGAGACUCGCUCAUUAUGAAA